AUGAUUUGCAGGAUACUUGACCUCAGGGAAUGCCUUGGCAGGAAAGCAGAUGAUCAUGACUUGGCAGUGCUGAAGAAAGCUCCGGAGCCCAGCUGGAGUCCAGCGUCAGGGCUGUCUCUUGAUGAUCAGGCAACUCUGUUCUCAACACCACAAGAACGAGUAUCUCAUCGCAUGGAGAGCCACGUCCCAUUCACAGCAAGCACACCAGAGGUCAAUGAGCUGCAUAGUGCCGAGACAGAGCUGGAGCCACCACCACCUCUCUCUGAUCUCAAACCUUUCUCAUUGCUCGACAGUAAUCGUUUUCACCUCAAAGAUGGUGUAGUGGUGUCGGCCAACCUUCUCGACAGGCUGCACAAAUUAAAAGAACCGCGGAAGGUCAUCCGAGAGACCGCACAAGCAAUCUGGGGAAACGAAGAUCUCCUGGAAAGAACAGUUGGCGGAAGGCUUGCCCCGAAAGACAGGAAGAACGUCGAGAAGUUGGCACGCAGAGGCCUUACACCACAGAAAGUUGACGCCAUUGCUGCAACUGUGAGGUACUGGGCAGGCCUCCACAAAGACCUGGUAACUGAGAAGGAAAUGGACAUCCGUGGGACCUUGAACCAGAUGUCGACAAUAUUGUCAAUGAAGAUUCAGGAUGUCAGGAAGACAGCCAAGCGUAAACUUAAAGUGUGACUAAAGUGUGACUUUGAAACGUGCCAGGGGGAACUAAAAACAGCACCGUGUAGUGUCUACUGAGCAAAUAGUGCUCACGUGUG